AUGUUGUUUUAUUGCAGAUUAAAAUGUUAUUAAAAGAAAAUUUAGAAAGUAAAUUGUACUGUUCCCUUCAGUAAGUGUUUUGAUCACUGCUAUUUAGUUAAAUGUGAUUAAAAUUUAUACUAAAGAUUAAAGUCGAUUUUGGGACGUGUGUCCUUUAAAUUGACCUCUAAAGUCACUGAAAGGUUAUGAACAUUCUUCUUUUUUACAAAAAAUUAUACACGUCAAAUGUCAUGUCUUCGACUGAUUAGGUCAUACGGUUAGUGGGAGUGAAAUAAAUGAACUGUUUUCAAAAGAAUGUAUAUUUUAUGAAUCAGUGGGAAUGGCUACAAGAAAGAAAUUCUCGUAGUCAAGGAUUAAUUAUGCUAUUGGAAUCCAAUUAUUUUAUAGAUAGAUAGAACAAAGAACGAUUGAAAUUAAAACAUUAAGGAAAAUCUAUGGGAAAAAACCGGAAAAUCAUUCGUAGUUAUUAAAAAAUUCUAUAAAACCCAUUUAAAUAAUCAAAGAAUCAUAAAACCAGUAUCCAAAAAAAACGGAUGAAGAAAUAACAAAUCAUCGAAAAAAAUUAGACCAAAACUCGAUAAAAAAUAGUUGAAAAUCCCAAUGACGAAAAAUAAAUAACCCAACGCCAACUUGACAAUUUUUAAGAAAAGAAAAAAAGAAACCCGCUCCCUUUACAAUACGACGAAAUCAACAAACCAAACCAGAGCCGCCUUGUCUGGGCCAGCCGACUCGGCGACAGCACGUCUGGCCCGACCCGCCGCCACGUUGCCAAAUCCCCGCAUUCCACGCCAACUAGAACCCUUUUAAUCCCAAAAAACACGACAAAUCCAUCACGCAUGAUUUAAAAUUACCCCUAUGAACCCUUAUAACACAUUUCCAAGGCUUAUUUUAAUUUUUAUUCCGUAAUUAUCAAACAUACCCACAAUUGCUAGCAACCGGCAACAAUGCGAGGAAACUUGUUUCACGAACGGAUGUCCAAGUAGGCGUACAGCACGACUUACGUUCAGCAGAAUCGUAUAGUGCUUUUCCCGAGUAAGAGAGAAAUAGAUAGAGGUGAUCGCGAGGUGAUUUCGUAUGUAAGUCGAAGCCUACUCGAUGGCGUGAGCGUUUAUUAGAGUAGGGGGGGCUUUUCUUUGGAAUUUAGCAUUUUAGAUUUAGUUUAGUGUCGUGUACGCGUUAAAUAUGGCGGACGCGAACGCGAUUUAGUACGAUAACGGCGCCUAUUUUACUCGUUUUUUACGUUAUUUACGCGUUUACAUUAUUUCGAUUUAGUUAUCUAGCGUGCGUGCAAGUUAGGAACGUUAGCAAGAUGGCGCACGGGGCGAGCUUGAAGGCCCACAAUCCCAGUAACAAUAGCAGUAGCAAUAGCAAAGCAGGCGUUGGUUCCCGUCGGAUUUUCGCGCCGAACUUCAAGCUACGCGUGCUGGACUCGUACAGGAACGAUCCGGACUGUAAGGGCAACCAAAGGGCGACGGCCAGGAAGUACGGGAUACACCGCAGGCAGAUACAAAAGUGGCUGCAGGUCGAGAGUGCGCUGCGUAACGCCGUGAAAAAGGACGGAUGCAUCGAGCCGGCGGAGGGCGCGAGAGAGCGAGACGCUAAGGAGAGUAUCGAGGCGGCCUUGGACGGCGAGAAUCGUAGACAGCGGGGCGACGACGAGGAUCGUCGGGUUCCGGCGCUUACGACGGACUCGGUCGCGGACGUGUGUGCGCUACGAGGGGAGGCGGCGGGCGGCCCGUUGGAUUUGUCGUUUAAAAGGCCUGCCGAGAUGUCGAUGUCGAUGUCGUUGUCGAUGACGAAUGCGGCACCUGCACCUGCGAUCGGUCCGGUUUCUUCUUGGCCCGUCCAGGACGGGAAUCUAGAUGGCGCUGGACGCAUCCAGGUUUCCAAGAGUCUCCGGGACUCGCCAGUUCCCCAACCGCCCCCGCAUCAAGACAUCUGGGAUCUCUCCUUCAAAACGAGGAAACGACGAAGGACCCCUUCGCCUGGACCGGAACAACCGAGCAAAUCCGUGAAAUUGUUCAAGCCUUACCUACUAGACGACAUUGACAUAACUAAAUUAAAUAACAACAACAACAACAACAACAAAGAAAUGGAUGAUAGAGAAGGACGAGGAGAGAAAGAUCCAGUAGCGUACGGAGAAAACGACAAAGAAAGAGACGGCGAUUGUUCUUCGGUUUGCUGUUCCGCGGUCUGUUCGUAUUACAAUGGAGUUUGUGAUAUUAAAUCGGAGUACUGCGGUUCGUAUAGUUUGCACGAACUGCAGCCGAGUUACUACUAUUAUUAUCAUCACCAUCCAUCGUAUCGCGGGGAGUUCGAUUGCUACGAAGACGGUUUAAGGAAAAACGGCGCCGAUUGCACCGGUUGCUGCUACGAAGACAUCAGCUACGGCCAGAACGGCCUGAAGCACCGGCAAAGCUACAGUUUGGACUUCAAAUUGAGCGCCAUCGAUUGCUACUAUCAGGACUCGGUCUGCAAGGGCAACCAGCGAGCCGUCGCCAACAAGUACAACAUCCACAGGCGGCAGGUGCAAAAGUGGCUCAAGCAGGCCGAGGAACUUAGACUGAAAAACGAAUCGUUGAAGCAAAUCCACGCGGCGUGAUCGGUGGUUUGUGAUGCGGAAUUGGGGACGGUUAGGAGGCGGUUUGCGGUCGAUUGUGAUCGGGGUUUUUUUGGAGGAAUUUUGGCGAUUUUAAAAGUUAUCUGAGGCUUUUGGUUUUGUAAAAAGUUGUACUGGAAUGGAUUAUUUUUAUAAUUUCUUCUGUAACUUCAAAAUGAGUUGUAUGGGUGGUUCCAAGUAGGCUCGUUUUGUGGGAAAAUUAAUUUAGUAUUAUUUAUUUGAAUUGUCGGGCAGCUUUUUUGUAAUGAUAUUCAUAAUUGACGUUUAAAUAGGUUCAUUCUAAAGGAAAACUGUUGAACUUCGAUUUGAAAGCUUAAAUUUUUUUUAAAUCUAGUCAUGUUUCAUGUAAAUUGAAUUUUCUGGCAGCUUGAAUUGAAACUGAAUAACUCUUAAUUCUUUUUACAAUAAUUUUAUAACUCAAAAUAAUUUAUUAGUUCUAAAUAAGGUCAAGUUAUUAAACUUUGAUUCGAAGUUUGAAUAUUUUCCUAUUCUAUUAUUCCAGAUUGUCGCAGAAGCCUCAGAGAAAUAAAAGAAAUCAACCGCUUCUCCAAAACCAAAAUAAAUUAACAUAAAAAUUUGAUUCAGAGCUCAUUUUAUAGCUAAAUUAAGCAAGUUAAAUAUCCAAAUCUCCUUGAUUACUCCAAAAAUUAAAAUAAACUUCCGAUCGCAUAAACCAGUGGCGUAGAAAAAAAACUUUUCCACGGCUUUGAUGAUUCCUCAAUUCCAAGUUGCCAAAAUAAGCCAAGAGUCUAUUUAGCUAUUUUUAAGGAAAAAACGCGUAAAAAACAUUAUGAAACAUAUAAAACACGAAAACAUAUCGGACUUGUUCGUUUGCCUUAUUUAAAAAAACGAUAAAUCGGGUGCUAAUUGGUGAAUUGUUGCUCAGAAUAUGCCAAAAUGUGCCUUUUCUUAGAUUGUAAGAAAUGAAUUGUGUGCCAAAUGUAACGCAAAAUCGUCUAAACUGAAUGAUUACAAUAUACAAAAUGUUUUUAUGAUUAAAUUUGUCUUCCUAAUCAAGUUUCACGUUUUAUAUUUAUGUCAACCGUCAGUCAAUUUUGACGUUGACAGUUUUGACAUUUUUAUUUAAUAACUAUUAUUAAUAUAUUAAAUUUAGUAUUUUUCGCAAUAAUUGGUAAUGUGAUUUAAAAGAAAAGCAAGUUUGCCAUGGAUUGUCUUAUUUUUUUCUUUUUGUUUCCAAUACGUCUUGAUAAUUUGUACAUAUUAUAUAAUUUACAUAGGUUUCUUUAUUUUAAUGAAAAAAAGUAAUUCGUUUGAAUUAUAAUGUGACCUUAAAUUGAUAGUAGGUUGUGAAAAUGAAACAACAUCGGAUAUUUAUAUUUAUAUUAUAUAUUAUGUGUAAUAUAUAACUAUAUAAUAUAUUUUUAUUAUAUAUUUAUAUAAUAUAUGUAAAUUUGUACAUUUUUCAGCUAGGAAUUUUUAAUAGAUUUACUGUGUUAUUUUCUAAGAGAUAUUUUAUAUACAAGGUAUUUAAUAAAAUAAUGUCCUUAUUUAAAAAAAAGUCCUCAUUUAUUUAGACUGAUUUAGCCUUUCUAUCGAAUUUUCAGUUUAAUUUUUGCAGGAUUCGUGAAAUAAAUGAAAUUUCGAAUAAAAAUUCGACAAAAAAAAAAUUAUAAUUUAAAAAAAUCCAUAUAUUUAAAACGUUUCUUCGCUUUCAUUACCGCUAGAAAAACCGUUUCUGUACGGCUCGUUUCUACGCGAAGUCCUCUCCAGAUGCUUUUUAUACUGCGUAGAAAUCUGUUCCUCCAGUUUUUCCAACGUGUUUCCACCGAUACACUCGCGAAUUUUCUUAAAAAACCUGCGAAAACAAUCCAUCCGUGAACAACCUAAAUCGCACCAAACAAUCGCGCUUUCCUUAAAUAAUGAUGAAUAUUAUGUAUCAUAAUCAGAACGGGCGCCAGCAACUCCUGCAUGGUCAGCAAAUGGUGAAUGUACGCCUUGGAGUACUUCGUACAGGACAGGCACAAACAGCCGUCGAAGAUCGGAUUGAAGUCCUCGGAAAAUUUCACGUCCCUCAGGUUGAUUUCGUAGUUCUCCUCGUCGUCGCUCUCUUCGAUGUUGAACGUCAACGCCGACGAGCGCUCCGUCAGGAUGCGACAGUACGACGUGUCAAACAUGUCGACGCCGAGCCGCACCAGCUUUAUCACGCUCAGGGGGUUCCAGCAGCCCUGCACCGACACCAGCUUGUCCUCGGGAAGCCUGCGCACCACGUACUCCACCACCUCUGAAACGAGCUGUCAAUGAAACGUCACUGUAGCUGUCAAAGCAGAUCGAGUCACCUUUGAGUUCUUCUACUGGUAGAAACUCCACUUCCGGUCCGUUGUUAUGCAACCCGUCGAUCAGAAAUCCGGACACGCUCGAUAUUUCCUUGGAAAGCGCGGCGAUCGAUUUUUCUCUGGAUCUGAGGCAGUAGCCGCCCGCGAUCGGGGCCAUGACGAAUUUGUUCUUUAAAAUUUCGGAUUUUCGGUGCCUUUCCAAACACUGCCUGGUGAGGUUUAUCGUGUUUUCCACGGCUUUGGAUACGCGCUUUUCCGGACUGGUUUUGUUCGUGUCGCCGUCCGAUAGGAGGUAGUACAUGUCCGGUUUGAAGUUUUCCACGAUGUUCAUGUACAUUUCCGC